AUGGCUGGCACAAGAAAUUAUGACUUUCUGAUCAAGCUGUUGUUGAUCGGGGACUCCGGCGUGGGGAAGUCAUGCUGUCUUCUGCGAUUCAGUGAGGAUUCGUUCACCCCCUCAUUCAUCACUACGAUUGGAAUCGAUUUUAAGAUUCGCACAAUUGAACUGGACGGUAAACGCGUGAAGCUUCAAAUAUGGGAUACCGCAGGCCAGGAGCGAUUUCGAACUAUCACAACAGCGUAUUACAGAGGCGCCAUGGGAAUACUUCUUGUAUAUGAUGUCACGGAUGAACGCUCCUUCCAAAAUAUACGUACGUGGUUUUCAAAUGUUGAGCAACAUGCAAGUGAAGGGGUACACAAAAUCCUCAUUGGUAACAAGUGCGACUGGGAGGAAAAGCGAGCCGUCUCCACAGAACAAGGCCAACAACUCGCUGAUGAGCUAGGCAUCCCAUUUCUUGAGGUGUCAGCCAAGAACAACAUCAACAUCGAGAAAGCAUUCUACAGCCUCGCCUCUGCCAUCAAAAAGGGCAUGGAUACAUCAAAGUCCGAACAAGUGGGGUCACAGGGGGUCAAUAUAGACCAUCACGGAUCGGGGACGUCUGGGAGUACUGGCGGUAAAUGUUGUUAG